AUGGCUUGCCUUACACCAAAUCGUCGUUUAGAAACAAGCACCGAUCGCCUUCUCAAACGUGUACAUCUCUGUACUGAACGUAGUUUCGAACGAACACCUGUUCGACAUCGAACUUCAAAGAGAAAAACAGUGGAAUUCUUGUCGUCAACGCUUUCAUCUGGUAUCACACUAUUGAGCGCUAGUGACCGAACUCUGGUUGGCGACUGUACUCUUACUAAUAGUUCGUUUGCGUCACUCGAUAGAACAUUGACAGAAAGCAUUAAUCGUAAAAGUAUCCAUAAUGAUACAACUAACACGACACCAUGGGAAAUAAUCGAUAGUAUGAGCAGUGAUAGUUCAAAUUUUAGUAUUAUUACAAUGAAUCAAUCCAAUGCAUCGCAAGUGACAGUGAUCAGUAAACGAUCUAAGAAAGCAUCGGCGCGUCCACCGUCACUGUUGACACGUAUUCUCAAGCCAUCGCUGCCAAAAGCGUCAACAACAGGUGUAAAAUUCGUCAACCGAUGUGUGCGUGAUAUCGAUCGUUUGAACGAUACAUUUGGUCAAGAAUGGAUAACUCUUCCAAACUUUGUCUAG